AUGGCGGAGGUUGCAGAGGGACACACGCUCAGUAGCGGGACGGAGGCAGACGGGAGCCCCCCGGAGCCGCCCUCGCCGCCCUCACUCCCCUCGCCGCUGCCGUCGCCCGCCGCCCCGGAGCCCCGCGCGUCCCCGGAGCCGGAGCAGCCGUCCGAGGCGCACGCGCGGCAGCUGCUGCUGAAGGAGUGGGGGCCGCAGGGCGGGAGCCUGCAGCUGCCGGCGGGCCUCAGCUGGAGGCUGAUCUUCCUGCACCGGCCGCUCUACCGCAACCUGCUGCGCUCGCCCAACCCCGAAGGUAUCAACAUUUAUGAGCCAGCACCCAGUACCGGCCCCACCCAGCAACCCCUGGAGAGUCUCGGCAAUUUCAGCGGGUGGGUGAUUAGCACAGAAAAGCUCCAGCAGCACCGCAGCUGGACGGCGAAGCAGCAGUGCGUGGACCUGCUGGCUGAGGGCCUGUGGGAGGAGCUGCUGGAUAACAAGCAGCCGGACAUCACUGUCAUGGACUGGUAUGAAGACAGUCGUCUGGACUCGUGUGUCUAUGAGCUGCAUGUCUGGCUGCUGGCUGCUGACCGACGCGCUGUUAUAGCGCAGUACCACGUGGCCCCCCGGACCCCUGGGACAGGCCCCCCCGGGCGCUGGGUCCAGGUGUCCCACGUAUUCCGCCAGUACGGCCCCGGAGUGCGCUUCGUGCACUUCAUGCACAAGACCAAGAACCAGCUGGAGGCUGGUGGGCUGCGGAGGACAAGGGUGACUGACUCCUCCGUGUCUGUACAGCUCAGGGAGUGA